CGUGUCACUGGACAUCCUAGGCCCGGUUUGGUUUAUAUGAUAAGAUGGCUUCCUGAUGAAGAUUCAUCUGAUCAUGCUGGCUUUCUUAUGGAAGCACGUGAUGCUGCUUGGUUGCUGCCUUUGCUCAAACAUGAUUCUCAACUAAAUCAGCAGCCCAGACGCCUAUACGAUGGCAAUGCCUGCAACAGUAAUAAGUGCACCAACCUGUCCUCACAACCGAUUCCGUGUGCCUUAUCUUCGAAAAACCCAUCAACUGAUCCACCGCUGAUAUCGCUGGCCCCCGGAGACCGCGUGAUUGCUCGGUUUACUGAACACACCUGGGCUCCAGGUUGGGUAGUUGGACCCCAAACUUCCAAAAGGUCCAGGCCUCAGUCUUCAAGAGAAGUCGGUGAGAAUCAGUACUCUGCCGCUAAUGACGGCAAUCAGGAGGAUUAUAUCGCUGAUUCCGAUAUUCAACUAGACAUUUAUUUUUACAAUGGACUACGGUGA